CCGCCCGGAGUGCAGCCUGGGGAUGCGGAGUCAGAGAUUGCACAGGCCAGCGCCGUCUCCCGGUGCUCUGAGUCACCGCCGGAAGCCGGCCCGAAAGCAAAGCGGACGUGAAGCGUCCACCAAGCCGGAAAAGCAGCGGCCGCAGCAACAGCUGGAAUCUCGCAGCCACAGUAGCUAACUGAAUCGAUUCCACACUCCCCGGACACUACGCAGCCGUCUAGCUCCGGCUCCCACCCCUUGCUGAGGGCUUUCAGGCCCAGACUGGCUCCCCUCCGCCUCUCCAGCCUGGGUGCUACCUUCCGGUCCUCCUCCAGCCCUGCCCACUUCCCCGGCCCCUCGCACACUCCCCGUUCUCCCAGGACAUCCGGAUUGUUGGGUCUCAGUCUCUCGUCUUUUUCCUCUCACUACCUGCAAAAAUUGGAAAUUCUCCAGAACGAGAGACAUCUCCUCUUGAAAACAAUAUCUUAGAAGGAAGCUUCAAAGGAACCAUUCAACAGUGAAGCGGCUCCGGUUAAAACAGACCUUCAAUGAUGGAUGAUCUCUGUGAAGCAAAUGGCACUUUUGCCAUCAACUUAUUAAAACUGCUGGGUGAAAAGGACAACUUGCGAAACGUGUUCUUCUCUCCCCUGAGCCUCUCCUCUGCCCUGACCAUGGUCUUAAUGGGGGCCAAAGGAAACACUGCGGCGCAGAUGUCCCAGGCACUUUGUUUGAACAAAGGUGGAGAUAUUCACCAAGGAUUCCAGUCACUUCUCAUGGAAUUGAACAAAUCUGGCCCUCAGUGCUUGCUCAGAACUGCCAACAAACUCUUUGGGGAAAAGACAUGUGAUUUCCUGCCAGCUUUUAAGGAAUCCUGCCAGAAGUUCUAUCAGGCAGACCUGGAGGAACUGUCCUUUUCUAAAGACACUGAAGAAUGCAGGAAACACAUAAAUGACUGGGUGACGGAGAAGACUGAAGGAAAGAUUUCAGAGAUCCUGGGGGCUGGGGCGAUCGGUCCUCUGACUAAGCUGGUCCUCGUGAAUGCAACCUAUUUCAAAGGAAAGUGGAAUGAGCAAUUUGACAGAAAGCACACAAGGGGAAUGACCUUUAAAACCAACAAGGAGAAGAAGACAGUGCAGAUGAUGUUUAAGCAGGCUAAGUUUAAAAUGGGGUACGUGGACGAGGUGCACACGCAGGUCCUGGAGCUGCCCUACGCGGAGCAGGAGCUGAGUACGCUCAUUUUACUGCCUGAUGACAGCGUGGACCUCGCUGAGGUGGAAAAGGCACUUACAUAUGAGAAGUUCAGAGCCUGGACAAAUCCAGAAAAGCUGACUAAGGAUGAAGUUCAAGUUUUUCUUCCCAGGUUAAAGCUGGAGGAGAGUUAUGACUUGGAGGCUUUUCUUCGAAGUUUAGGAAUGACUGAUGCUUUUGAGGAAGCCAAGGCCGACUUUUCUGGAAUGUCAGCCAAGAAGCACGUGCCCAUGUCCAAGGUCGUGCACAAGUGCUUUGUAGAAGUCAAUGAGGAGGGCACGGAGGCAGCUGCGGCCACUGCCGUGGUCAGGAACUCCCAGUGCAGCAGAAUUGAACCAAGAUUUUGUGCAGACCACCCUUUCCUUUUCUUCAUCAGGCACGAUGAAACCAACAGCAUUUUGUUCUGCGGCAAGUUCUCUUCUCCAUAAAGGGCUGCAGUCGUUGUACAUCACUCUGCCCACCCUGCCUUACUUCAAAUUCCCUGUGACCAAAUUGAUGCGGUGGUUUGAAUGCCAAAAUAAAGUGUAAUUAUGAUAACAGGACCCCCUCACAGAGUUGUUGAGAGGAUUUAAUACGUUGAUAAAGAGGUUAGAGCAAUACCCGCUAUAGUAGUACACAAUAUCAUUAUUA